AUGGGUAGCCCCGUCGUUUCCGUGAUGUAUUCUCGCUUCCUUUCGGGUACCAUACGUAAAAUCCCGUACGCAAUAAACAAAUCAAUCGAAGCGUCGCGGCGUAAAAAUGUAUCGAUUCGCGGCGGAUCCUGGACGGUGGAGCGCGGCAGGGCGGACGAGCGGGGAGCCGAAUCGGAGUGGCGUGAAAUGUUCUGUUCUAGACCUGUCGUUCCAGACAUCUCCGAGAGUGACAGCGCUGUCCGAGUGACAUUUUCAAACCUUCCGAACUUAUCCCCGUUCGCCGUCUCUAGGCCGGCUCUUUUCGAGGUUGCUGUGCGGCACGGGGAAGCGACACGCGAAAAUCAUCAAUGCGAAGAGCUUAAAAAGAGACGGCGAACACACGGACAUGUCACCGUCACCUGCACGUCCCUCUUCAAAGACGAUGUACAAAGUUUGCAACUGAAAAACCGACCGGUCGUUCGAAACCCCGUUCCUGCGGAAUUUAGCACCGUCAUCGGCGAAAAACGCCCCGGCCCCCGGAGACGGGAUUUUAAUUGUUUGAAAGCCGCAAUCAAUUGGCGCAGUCGAUGCGCGUCUUGCACGUCUUAA